AUGAUAAGAUCUAAGCCUCGCAAGAGUCUGGUUUAUGGAGUGAGCGAGAUUCUUAUGAAGCAUGUUUUCAACAGGACGUAUAUGCUUCUGAUGCUGUUUCCGAUUUUUGGGAUGGCGGUUGCUGCAAAUGUUUUGUAUGCGAAAGUUGCUUCGAGUGUUCUUUCAGAGAUUGCAGAUCACAUUGAGCUAAAAGAUUUGGGCGAGCACACACAUCUUGUUUACAGACUACUGAUAUAUGGAAUAUCUGCAGCCAUGUUUGAGUACUUCCCAAUAUUUUUGAUGGCUUACAUUAUACAGGAUAUAUACACAGAUUGCUACCGAGAUGUUUUUUUUGAGUACAUAUCGCUGGAAUACAAUGUAUUUCAUGAGGUGUCGCCUGGGGAUCUUGAAGGCCGAAUAAACAGGAAGUGUAAGGCGAUUGGCGAGGCAGUUGAUGUGGUGAUUCCAACGCUGAUGAACUCGACGAUAUUUAUUGCGAUAGCAAUGGUGAAAAUGGUAUCGUUUGGACCUGAGAAUGCAUUAUUGUUUCUUAUGAUUCCUUUACUGUACAUUUCAACGACAGUAUUUCUGACAUCAAAGCGCAAUAUUAUCCGUGGAAAAUAUAAUGUUGCAAAGAACAAGUCAGUGAAGAAGCUGAGUGACAUUUUGAACAACUAUGAAGUUGUUAAAUCUUUUGGACUUGAGGAAAGGGAGUCGAGUGUGUUCCACUCAACGUUGAAUGAUAGAGUGGUUCAAGGGACGCGAUACAGCUGCUCCGAAAACAUGAUUACGUUUAUUCAGAAGCUCUGCUCGUUAGUUCCACAUGCUAUGAUUCUGUAUCUGAGCCUAAAUAACAUGACGUUUAUGGAUGCAAUAACAUUGAAUGGCUUGCAUGCGAUUCUUAAGGAGAGGAUGACUGAGUUUGCACGGGAGUUUGUAGAGCUUUAUGAGAACUAUUAUGACUACUCUAGCUCUACGUAUGAGAAGGAAGAAGAUAGACCUGAGCAGAUUGACAUUGAAGGAUUUGACGAUGGAAUAGUUUUUGAUAGAGUCGGGAUUAAAAGAGGAGAGAAAGUCAUACUUGAGAAUGUAAGUUUUGAGCUGAAGAAAGGAGAGAAGCUUGCGAUUGCAGGUCCAAAUGGAGCAGGAAAGUCUACACUUAUCAACACUCUUCUGAGGUUCUUGGAGCAUUCAGGAAGGAUACUUAUUGACGGUGUUGAGAUGAAUGAAUACACAAGGAGGUCAAUCAGAGAGCUAAUAGCAUAUGUGCCACAAGACAAAUGUGUGAUUGAUGGAACAGUGCUUAGAAACCUGAGGUAUGGCGAUUGGAGUGUGUCUUUGGAGAAGGUCAAGGAAAUAUGCAUGAAAUACGGAACGCAUGAAGUAUUUAGUAGUCUUGAAGGAGGAUACUUUAAGCAAAGUGGGCAACAGGGAUGUGAAUUGAGUGUUGGGCAAAAGCAGUAUAUGAGCCUGAUGAGAGCAAUAAUCAAGGAUUCACCGAUAUUUAUCCUAGAUGAGGCAACCUCUGAUGUUGAUCAGAAGACAGAGGCUGAGUUGAUUGAUUACAUAAUGUCUGUUCUAUCGGACCGGACUAUAAUUAUGAUUGUGCAUAACCAUGCGCUUUUGAAGAAGUUCGAUAAGGUGUUAUUUUUAAGUGGAGGGACGAUGAAGGGAUGUGGCGGUAUUAGUGAGCUUCUUAGGACGUCUGAUGAGUUUGUUGAGUUUUAUCUUGGAGAGGAUGACAUCUCAGAUACUGGGAUUCAACCACAGGAGGAUCUUAAUAGAGUUUAA